GGUAGUGCUUUGUUUUUGUUUUACAGCCAUCUGUCAAAUGCUUCUUUCGGCUGCAGAUGUAGUUUAAAAUCUGUUAUUAAAACAGCGAGAGGUCAACACAAACAACUACGGUGCAACCUGAGUGUUCCCCUCUUGAUCUUCAUCAUGGUGGAACCCACAGCCUCUGGCGUGUUCUGCAACAGGAUGCUGAGUAUGGUCAACUGUGAGGAUGUCAACGCCAUCAUCCAGGCUCAGAGACACAUGCUUGACCGCUUUGAGAAAACCAACGAAAUGCUGAUCAACUUUAACGGGCUGUCAAACGUGCGACUGCAGCAAAUGAACGAGCGCUUCCUGCUCCACACCCGCACCCUUGUGGAGAUGAAGAAAGAUCUGGACAGCAUCUUCAGAAGGAUCAGGACGCUAAAAGGGAAGGUUGCUAAGCAGUAUCCUGAAGCUUUCAGCAAUAUCCACGAGUCAGCCAUGCUGGAGGAUGACGACGAUGAGUUUGACCCAGUUGCCCCCAGUGUUGCUACAACAAUCACAGCGGCCACCUCAGAGCAGAGCACAGAGUCCUGUGACACUAGUCCAGAUGUGAUCUCACCCACCAUGAGCAGAUGCUCCGAAGAUCUCUCUCAAGAGCCGUCUGACACGCCCACUUCUGACGUCCCAUUGUCAGCCGUCCUACAGGAUGAGGGCCCUGACUCUGUGCCUGCGGAAUAGACAUUUUGUGGAUGGAUUUCAGUCUCUUAACUGGUUCCAACAAUAACUAGUUACUAAUGUCAGCUUGAGGGCGUGUUGCAUUAUCACAUCGGUGUUGUCCUCUACAAUGUUUACUGACAACACAGACUCUGGAGAUGGCUAUGAACUGGCUUUGAGGACGCUGGAUGUUUGUUUGAAUGCUUACUUGUCCUUUUCCUGCACAGCACUAAAAUAAUGCAGACCAUACUUGAAGUUGUUUUAAAGUAGGGCAAAGCGCUCACUUAUUAUGUGAUUAUAUGCAUAUUUAAUUUUUGGAAAGUUAAAGAGAUGACUGAAGGAAGUUUUCUCUCAUAUUUUCCCUCACGAUUUAUGCUACUUGAAAGAGAGUAAGUAGUGUUUUCAACCUGAGUAAAAGUAACUUGGAUGUUCAAGUAGUAACUAGGAUAAUGAUAAUGGAGCAUUGUUACUCUAUGAACCCUUGUUAUUAAUGUUUUCAGCAGCAUUUAAUACAACAUGUUACUGAUUCUUGAAGGGUGUAUCAGUCUCUACUUACCUGCUUAUCACAGAGAGGCCUGAGAUUAGGUGCAGUGUCAGCGAUCAGUCAGUCAGGGUCAGUGAUGGGUGUCCGAGGAGCUGUCAGAGAUUCAGCAGACUGUUCAUGGACACGGUAGCAGAGCAGACACUGGAAAUCAGGUUGUGUGAGUGGAGGACAAAGCCAUUCUGCUCCCUUUAAAGAUGCAGUGUUUGUUUAAAAGGGGAAAUCCAGCCGUAACACACACUUCACACAAGUUAUAUUUGAAAUAUAUUACAUGUGAAUUUUAAUAUUUUCCUCCUUAAGAUGAAAAGCAAAGAAAAAUACUGAAGCUGCUCCAUAAAAAGCAAAUAUUCAAGCAACUCAU